CACAACAAUCCCAUCAUCAACACAACAAUCCCAUCAUCAACAUUGCAUCUCAUCACCAACAAUCCAUGGGUGGGAAUCAUGGAGAAGUGAUUUGGCCAACAUUGGUUGCUAAUAAGAUCUUGAAGAAGAGAUUAGGAAGCCAUAACUUUGUGGCUGAUACUCCAACCAACAACACCAUUCCACUAUAUGCUCAAUCUUCUUCACUCACAAAUGCCUUCUACAACCCUAAACCCAUCCAAACCUACAAGGUUUUUGUUAGUACAUGGAAUGUUGGAGGUGUUGCACCAAAUCAAGAUUUGGACAUGGAGGAUUGGGUGGACAGUUCUUGUGAUAUCUAUGUUUUUGGAUUCCAAGAAGUCGUGCCAUUGAAAGCCUCGAAUGUUUUUGGUUCGGAGAACAGAGAAAUAUGCGGAGGAUGGAAUAGAGUGAUGAGAGAAUGUUUGAAGAAGAAAGUGAAACAAAAUUUCGAGUGUAUCAUAAGCAAGCAAAUGGUUGGGAUAAUGAUAUCAAUAUGGGUUCGAAGUGAUCUUCAUCCAUUCAUUGGGUAUCCAAGUGUGUGUUGCAUUGGGUGUGGGAUCAUGAGCUGCCUCGGGAACAAGGGAUCGGUAUCAGUAAGAUUUGGGCUGCAUGAAACAAGCUUUUGCUUUGUGUGCACUCACUUGGCAUCAGGAGGAAAGGAAGGAGACGAGAAGAACAGAAAUGAAAAUGUUCGUGACAUAUUAUGUCGCACUACCUUUCCCAACGGCCCUUCUCUUCAUUUCCCCAAAAAAAUACUUCAUCAUGACCGAGUGAUAUUGCUGGGAGACUUGAAUUAUAGAAUUUCUUUACCCGAAGCAAGUAUAAGAUCGUUGGUUGAAAAAAAAGAUUGGGACACACUAUUACAAAACGAUCAGCUGAAAAUGGAGAUGAUGAAUGGUAAAGUAUUGGAAGGAUGGGAAGAAGGGAACAUAAAAUUUGGGCCAACUUACAAAUAUUAUCCAAAUUCAGAGGCUUAUUAUGGAGGUGUUCAUGGCCUAAAAGCUCAAAAAAGGAGGGCUCCUGCAUGGUGCGACCGAAUUAUAUGGAACGGGAAGGGAAUUAAGCAAGUAUCAUACGAUCGAGGAGAAUCAAUGUUGUCAGAUCAUAGACCUGUAAUGGCCAUGUUCAUGAUAGAAGUUGAAUCAUCGACGAACUUAAAAACUUUGAGGAGUUUGUUUCUAUCAAACAGGUUUGAACAUCUCAAUAAUUCUAAUACCCCAUUUGUUGAGGCGGAUGAGGAUGAAGACGGUGAUGAGAUAUUUUCAACCGUCGGUUUUGUGUGCAAAACAAAAUCGACUUUUGAAAGUCAUUUUUAAAAAUAUUAACUUAAAAAUUAGAGACAUUAA